AUGCCAAUAUGAUCGUCCACAUGAUGCCUCACUCUGGGGAGAAGCCCUACAAGUGUGACCAAUGCAUGAAGCGCUUCAGUCUGAAAGGCACCUUGAAGAUCCACCUGAGGACUCACUCCGGGGAGAAACCCUACAGGUGUGACCAAUGCAAGAUGCGCUUCAGACAGAAAGGCCACCUGAAAUGCCACAUGAGGACUCACUCCGGUGAGAAGCCCUACAAGUGUGACCAAUGCAGGAAGUGCUUCAGUCAGAAAGGCCCCCUGAAGCGCCACAUGAUGACUCACUCUGGGGAGAAGCCCUAUAGGUGUGACCAAUGCACGAAGGGCUUCAGUCUGACAAGCAGCCUGAAGAUCCACAUGAGGACUCACUCCGAGGAGAAGACCUACAAGUGUGACCAAUGCACGAGGAGCUUCAGUCGGAAUAACAUGCUCAAGAACCACAUGACGACUCACUCCGGGGAGAAGCCCUACAAGUGUGACCAAUGCACAAUGCGCUUCAGUCAUGGCCGCACCCUGAAGUUCCACAUGUCGACUCACACCGGUGAGAAGCCCUACUGGUGUGACCAAUGCACGAAGUGCUUCAGUCUGAAAGGCAACCUGAAUAAACACAUGAGGAGACACACCGGGGAGAAGCCCUACAGGUGUGACCAAUGCACGAAGUGCUUCAGUCAUGGUCACGGCCUGAAAUACCACAUAAUGACUCACUCCGGUGAGAAGCCCUACAAGUGUGACCAAUGCACGAAGUGCUUCAGUGAGAAAGGCACCCUGAAUAAACACAUGAGGAGACACACCGGGGAGAAGCCCAGUAGUUGA